AUGCAAUUACAGCGAGAAUUCGAGAACGGCAUCAGGAAGGAGUGUUCGGAUGAGGUAAAAAACGACAAUUUUUUGAACGCUUGUUUUUCCAAAUCGCAAGAAGGUUUCAUCUCGGGCAGUCUGUCGGUAUUCGGUUAUCGCUUUCUCUCGCCCAGGCUGGACCGCUACUUCCAUGACUCAGGCGGCCUGAACAAUGUACAUGGGAUGCCGGCCCUGCUUGGAAGUAUAGCUCUAGCAAUUGGAUCUGCUUUAGCAUCCUUCGAGACCUACGGUCAAAGCCUAUAUCUGAUUUUUCCAGCUCGAGCUCCAGAAUUGUAUCCUCCUCCGACCUAUACUGUUCUGUAUGCGGGCUCGUUCAUUGUAUCUAAUGGAAGGGCUCGCACUGCACUGGUGCAAGGGGCAUACCAGAUCGCUGCUUUUGCAAUAACACUCGCCAUCUCGAUCUGUGGAGGAGCUGUGACAGGUAACUUUAGACGGUGA